UAAUGGGUGUUCAGGACCUAAUUGAUUCUGGACAUGAGGAAGGGGUCAGGAGGACAAAGGAAUAGUUCUUUUUCCAUCUAUAUAGCCUCCCUCCUUCAUCCAACGGAGGUCAAGCAGUGGCUUCUAACAGUUUUCACCCAAUCUGUGAAUAUAAUAAAAGCGUUGCAGGGAAAAGCUGGAGAGUGAUUUCUCUUUGCUCUACCUUAAGGCCAAAAUUGGGUUGGUUUACUCUGUUACUCCUAGGACUAAGGUGGGGGUUGUAGUUGAGAAACCUUUGUAAAUAUCCUGGCAGAGUAAGGGCCACUAACCCCAGGCAGAAGGGGUUGAGCUUACACUACAGCCAAGAGAUGGCAGACGCUCAUUGGAGGAAGAUCCUCAAACGGAACCUCCCUCUCUAUCAGCUGCCAGAGGCUCAGUCCCACACUCCUUCUUCUCCUCUCAUUCUAAACCACCUUUUUGGAUUUUGAAGUUGAGCACCAUGGGGACUCCAAAUGAUCAGGCAGUGUUGCAGGCCAUCUUCAACCCUGACACCCCAUUUGGAGAUGUUGCUGGGUUGGACCUGGGAGAGGAAGCAGAGGAGGAAGUAGAUGAAGACGGAAUUUUCCCUCGAGAACAGCUGGAGCAGUCCAAGGCCCUGGAGCUCCAGGGGGUGAUGGCAGCAGAGGCUGGGGACCUCAGCACAGCCCUGGAAAGGUUUGGCCAAGCCAUCUGCCUCCUGCCUGAGAGGGCCUCUGCCUACAACAACCGAGCCCAGGCCCGGCGACUACAGGGAGACGUGGCAGGCGCCUUGGAGGACCUGGAGCGCGCCGUGGCGCUGAGCGGCGGGCGGGGCCGCGCAGCCCGCCAGGGCUUCGUGCAGCGCGGGCUCCUGGCGCGGCUGCAGGGCCGGCACGACGACGCCCGCAGAGACUUCGAGCGUGCGGCGCGGCUGGGCAGCCCCUUCGCGAGGCGCCAGCUGGUGCUGCUCAACCCCUAUGCCGCGCUGUGCAAUCGCAUGCUGGCCGACAUGAUGAGGCAGCUGCGCGGCACCGGCAACCCGCUCUGAGCGCGAUGGCGGGCGCAGGCGGAGUGGGCGGUCCCAAACCAAUAAA